AGACCAUAGACAAGCUGACCAUGUGUACAUUGGCUCAUAUACAAUAGCUGCUGUGUUCCUCUACAAAUAAAACUCUUAUAUAGAGACAUAUAGCAGCUGUUGACUGUCAUGAGCUCAAACACACUUUCUGCUGUUUUAGAGAAGAAGAUUCGCCGCCUGUGUCUCAAUGAUUUUCCCUGUGGACAUGGCAGCUGGAGAAAGACAAAGGACAGUGCAGCGGGAGCAGAUUCAGAGUCGACAGAUUCCCUCCUCGAUCUGCUGAGCUGCCAUCAUUCUCCGUGGCGUUACGAUGAUUCAUGGAGCCCCCAAGCCUCGGCCCUGAGAAAGCUGGCUGUGCUUUCACCUCAACACCUGCACACGAACUUCAUUUACAGUUACUUUACUACACUUCGAAUUGUGGACAAGGGAGUGUCAGCCAUUGACAACGGCCUGCUGAAAUUCUCAAAGCUGGAGGAACUGGUGCUGAGUGCCAACAAAAUCUCUGAAAUCCCUGCAGAGAACCUUCCCAGCAGUCUGAAAAUUCUGGAGCUACGCGCAAACCGGUUGUCCUCUUUAAACAGUCUCACCGGCCGUCUGCCUCCUUGCCUGCAGUACCUCGGCCUCAGCCACAACAGUCUGGCCUCCCAUGAAGAUGUUUCUCAUCUCACAGGAAGACACUGGCCACAGCUGGUGUGUCUGGACCUCAGUGACUGUGACUUCCAGGACCAGAAGACCUUACUGGAAGCUUUGAGCUCCCUCCCUUGCCUCAAGACACUGGUGCUGGAGGGAAACCCGUUCACCCUGGCACCCUCUUAUCCGGGCUUCACUGUGGACCGUCUCCCAGCACUCUCCUGUCUGGAUGCCUCAUGGAUCUCCCCUGAGGAAAGACACAGUUUUAGAGGCUUGGCCGAGAUGAGUGAGCUGAUUACAGACACGGCAUCAGCCACAGUAAAUGUGGGAAGAAUGAGAGGAAUCCUAGACCCGCUGAUGAGUGUGGAGGAGAACGCUCCUGACUUCCCUGUUGUCUCUUUCAGCUAUUUUAUCACAUACGAGUUCCUUAGUCACGAAACACCUGGCGAGCUGAACCUUGGCAGUGAAGCUAAAUUUGACACGGCAUCCACAGCACAUGUGACAGAAGAUGGCUCGUGUGAUACUGAUCUACUAUCAAGCAAGAAAUGUGAAAGAGAGACGUCCAAACCAGACACUGAAGUCUGUGUGGUUAAUACUGAGGGAGCCUGCUCUGAUGCUAUACGUGUGUCUAGUCACAGUACAUCAAAGCUGACGUGGUCGGAGUGCAUGGACUUCAGUGAUGCACAAACGUACGUUGUUAGUUCUCUGGGAGACUUGAAGAAAUUCCUCAAUCAAGGCCUUUAUCUCAGGCUAGAGGAGGAAAAGGUCCUGUCGUGGCCUGCAGUCUCUGAAGACGCCCCGGUGACAAAAAACAGUCAAACUGUGAAAGAGAAGAAAGGCGGGAAAGGGAAAGAAUCUCCUGGCAAAUCUGGUUCCACUAAAGACAAACCUAAAGACAAAAAGAAGAAAUCUGUCCCAGAGCUGGUCCAAGACGCCCCCAUCAGAACAAUCCUUGGCUCUGCACACGUCCCUCUGCAAAGCCUGGUCAAAGGAGGUCAAAAGGUCAAUGUCAUCUGUGACCUCGGUGUCCUGCACUCAGAGUCUAAGGUUGAAGCUCCGCAAACACCUCAAAAGGAUCUGGGAAAGAAAAUCAAAGAGGACAAGAAGAAGGGAGAGAAGGAGUCAAAACAGAGAGAAGGCAGCGAUGCAAGACAGAAGAAUACAGCAUCCGUAAAAGGCAAAGGAAAAGGCAAGAAGAAACCCGAGCUGGACGUCCACACAGACGACUCAGUGUCCGUGGAGGUGAGCGUGGAGCUGGAGAGAUGGAAGUCUGCAUCUGAAGCUCACCAGCUCGUACUACCUCACUGACCCUCUGAAAGCACACAGCACCGUUCUGUGUUUUCUCAUGACUGCUGACGGUGAAUGUACCAUUGAACUGAACUGCACAUUAAAUCUACUACAACAUGACAGUUUCAGCAAUUUCCUCCUGAAAUGUAGACCGUUGAAUGUUCUGAAAAAUGUGUUCUCCUGCUUUACGGUACCCAAAACCUAAAUAUGAGUAAUAAACUACUAGUUUCUCCAGAUAGAGGCUAUUAUGUAAACUUCCUUUCUAAAUUGUAAAACAGUUCAACUGCUGGUUUUAGGAACUUCUGUGUAAAAUAUUAACAAGCCACCUGUAUGUAGUUUGUUGUGAUUAUUCUAUGCAACAGUGCCAACAAAGAUGGCUGUGCUGUUAUGCACAAGGAACACGCUAUUUUAAUUCAUAAAUUUUAUUUAUUUUUAUACAGAUAUUCCAAACAUGUUUAAAGAAAUGUCUAAGUGUUUCAUUGUUUCAAACAGAUAUGAUCUUUUAACUGAUACGAAACUUUUUGGAAAGGCCAUUUUACUGGAACUGAAAGUUUACAGUAAGAAGUGCUUCAAAUUGAACUGCUUCUCUCUUACCAGUCUUCCAGAAGUCCUUUCAGAAAGGCCAUAAAAAAGUUCCUAUUAAAGCCAAACAGCACUGGGUUUCACAACUCCUCUCCAGAAAAGAGUGAGCAAAU